AUGGCAGAUUUAGGGAAGAAUAGUUCGAGGGCGAUCAUAAAGAUUGACCCGAAGAUUCUUGCCUUGUAUCAGGAAGGACCGUAUGAUGCAUCGCGCCAGAAACGAUUUAAAUUUAAUGUGGAUGUUAUUCCACUAGAGCUGAUGUAUCGAGAAUUGGGCAUUGAGGUACCGGAUGUACCGUGUAUCCCUGAGCCGUACAUUAAGGAAUACGUGACUGAUGAGCAGUUCAAAGCUGCCGCGGAGCGCGCAUUGGAAAAAGCUCCAGAAUUCAAAAAGGAAGUGGAAUCACGGAAGUUACUGGCUGAAUUGGGGGAAAAAACGCCUCAAGCCUCAGAACCGUCAACCAGAUCCGUACAGGAGAAGGUUGUGGAUUCGGUGUCAAAACUGAAGGACAGAUCGACGCCAAAAGAGGUGCUAGCUCGUCCUCAGGAAGAAAAUCAACCGGUAACGGAAGUGAGCCUCAUUGAUUUUGACGAUGCCACGAUAGGCACAGAAGAGGACGACCACUCGUCUAACUAUGAAACACCGGCCAAUAAACAUGACGAAACAUUGCACUUACCCAAGAUGAAAAUUGUGCGCACGGGUCAAGCAACAUUUCAUGCGUCCCAGGCCGGACUGGAGAACUUUCUUUCGGACAAAGACUUUGAAUUCACCGAUGAGGAAUUUUUGGAACAAGCAGCUAAUGUCGAUGAUAAACUGACAAUAGCCAAAACAAAACAGGAAGUACAGGAAGUCGUGCGUGAUUCGAUUCCAUUCCUCAUCAAGGGAAUACGCAGAAUCGUGGCACAGUCUAAAUUGAAGCUAGACUCCAUCGGCGAAUCGCAAAAGCUGGAUCAGCUCCUACAGGAAGAGAGGAAGCAGAAAUUAAAAUUCCAGUCUGAAUUUAAUGAGAUGCGGAAGAAAUGCGAAGCAGCUCAUAAAGAGCGGGAUACCGCAUUGUAUAAGAAUCGUGCAUUAUCCGAUAGUUUACAAAAUUAUCGCGAUAAAUCGGACACGGAUAAAAAGGAAUACGACAAAUUGUUGGAAGAGUUUCAACAAUUAAAAGAUGGUAACCGUGAGUUGGAAAAUGCAGCGAAAGAACUUCAGAGGGAAAAUGAAAACUUGCGGGCAUCCAGAAGUUCGAAGGUGAACCAGCAGGCGGAAGCCGAGCUGCAAAAACAAAAUCAGAAAUUAACCGGACAGAAUCAAAGGUUGCGUACUGAAUUACAGCAACAGAGGGACGCCUAUGCGGAAUUACAAAAGAAAAAUGGACAGGAUGUGAAUGAAAUUGAAUCACUAAGGAGACAGUUGAAGGAAGAACAAAAGCGCAUUAAUCCAAGUGUGGAUUAUGUGGCGGAACUACAACAAGAGUUAGCCACAGUUAAAUCAGAGAACGAAAUGUACUUGUCCUCUUCGCAAGCGGCAACGUCGGCAGUAACCAAAGAUAGGGAAGAAACGCUGCUAGCAAUGAUUGAGCAGUACAAAAUUGAGACUGCAGCAGAAAAAGCGGAGAAGGAGAUACUACAAAAGGAGCGCAGAUUAACGAAAGACUGUGCAAAAUGCAUUAAUGCAGAAAAAGAAAUGAGGGAAGCACAGGCAGCAGCUUUUCAUACGGGUGCGGCGUGCGCAGAGAUGCAGGAAGAAAUUCAACACUACCGGAAUCAGCAUGCAGCUCGAGAAGUACAUUUCGAAUCGGAGGCGCCGUUGAGCGCUGGCGAUAUUAACUCCCCGUCUAGGAAGGACCUUUACGAUCACCAGAUUUUUGAACCGUCGGAUUCAAAUCUGUUGUUGUCUCAACAUCAGUGUCGCACGACGAAUGGAUGGAAUGACCGACAAACCUGCCAAGCAAUUUCCGGUGCAUUAAAAGGCGCUUCAUACAUUUGGUUUGCCGAAUUGUAUAAAGAUAAUCCGACGAGGACAUGGAACAGAUUCUUUAAACAGGCGUUAAUCAGGCAUUUCAACGGUGCAUCGUCGAAGGCGGAAAUGAGACGGGCAAUGAAUAACAGGCAUUGCCUAAAGGAAGAAUCAGUCCGGACAUAUAUGGAUAGUUUUAUGAUGUGGUUCAAGGAGUUACGAAUUGAGGAAGAGGAACAGGUGGAGGUCCUGUUGGAAGGUCUGAAAAAACACAGACCGGGCUGGUAUGCAACAUUAUACCGCAACAGACCAGAAUCCUAUGAAGAGUUCGAAGCGCAGGUGCAGGAUUGUGAGAAAUUGCAGAAAAUUCUGGAUGAGGAGAAAAAAGGCGGUGAAUCACGACAACGCGUAACUAUCCAAGAGCCAAGAAGUGCCGGCAGCAUCAAUGAUGCAGAGAACCGUACCAAUCGUGGCGGAUUUCAGUCUCGCGGAAGUUACUUCCAGCCGCGUGGAGGCCGCGGAAAUUAUUUCGGUAACAGAGGCGGAUACUCAAGACCGUAUUUUGGUUCAGGAAAUUACCAGAAUGUCCAAGCGGGAAGUCAGCCGUCACAGCCGCCGCCGGCGCAGGCAACUUCCGUUCCGAACAUAUCCCAGCCGCAAGUACAGUACAUUCCGUAUCCCGUAUACCAGCAGCCUCAGGCGCAGGAAAUGCAACCGGUACAGUUUGCACAGACAUUCCCACCGCCUCCCACAUCAGUAAUUCAACCGCAGAUGCAAGCGCCUGUUGUCCCGAUGCAACCAGUGCAGCAGCCGCUUCCACCAUUGCAGAAUUUCUAG